AUGAGCAGCCGCAGCCGAAUCUCCCUACCGCCAACCUUCCGCCCUCCCGUUUUUAUGCGCCACGAGUACCUACGAUGGAGGGCGCAAGACAGAAUCGCCUCACAACUCGGCUUUCGUCGACCGAAACGGCCAUCGGAGAACCUAUUGCUAGGGUGGUAUGAUUCGGACGAUGACCUGUCAGACGCCGAGCCAGAAUACUACUACCGCUCUACAUCGAUCUCCGAGUUCUCAUAUGACUUGGGUCCAGGUUCUGAGUCUGGCAUGGACCCCAAUUCUGAAGCAGAGCCUGCCGCUAAGGACAAACCUGAACCUGAGCCUGAGCCUGAACCUGGAGCUGGAGCAGAGACUGGGUCAGAGGCAGAGCCUGAGCCUACAGCCCCUAUGAGGCGUCGGAAGAGAAGAUCAUCUACUCGGGGACACAGUCCACGGCCACUUCCACCUCCUGAGUAUAUCAUUGAGCUUCCUGUUUCAGACAAGCAAGCGGGCCCCGUGAUUGUUAUAAAGAAAUUUCGAAAGGAGGAGCCAGAAGAACCACUGGCCGAGGAACCAGAGACGCCGUCAACACCGGAAGCACCGCAAUUACUACUACCACCUGCGCCAUCACCGCCUCCUGUCAAUAAGCCUUCGAAGUCACGGAAGAAAAAAUAA